GUCUGUGCAUUCAAUAGUACAGUAGGUAUUGCCGGUAUGUCAUUACUGUACUAUAUACUAUUUUUGAUAUUUUACGAGGCACAUGGAAGAAAACUUAUACAAGGGAAUAUAAUUUGGAGACAUGGUGAUAGAUCAUCCUUUCAUACAUAUCCGAAUGAUCCAUAUAAAUUUGUAUGGAAAGAUGGAAAAAUGCAGUUGACAAGCAAAGGAAUGACACAAGCAUACGAAUUGGGACUUUAUUUGAAAUCAAAGUAUGGAAACCUGAUCAGUAAGAAAUACAAGGAGAAUGAAAUUUAUAUAAAAAGCACUGAUACCGACAGGACCAUUAUGACAGCUCAAUGCGUCGUCUCUGGACUUUAUGCACUUCCAAAUUCUACCAUAGGGAAAAGUACUAUAGCAUUUCGUCCAUUUCCUAUUCACACUGAUUCUUUGAAAAGAGAUUGGCUCUACAACAGAAAAAAAUAUCCUGAGAAGGGCUGCAAAGCUUUCGCUGAUUUAUUGAAAAAAGGUCAAAAUGAAUCAAAAUUUUACAAAUCUCUACUUUCUAGCUAUGCACACUUUUUUAAAAAUAUGACAUUUUUAACUGGUAUGAAAGAGCCAUAUGAUUUCAAUUCUAUAACUGAUUUAUAUGAUAACCUAAUUUGCCUGCGAUCCAAUAACUACACACUACCAAAAUGGGUGGACGAUAACACAACGAAAAGUCUUGCAUAUCUUGCAGGCCUCCACCAAGGGCUAGCUUGUACUGAUUAUGAACUUAAAUAUGCAAAAACUCUUUCUAAGAUGACAAAUGGAAUCAUUCUUGGAAACAUGCUGGAAAAUAUGGAGAAACGAAUUAGGAAUGAAACACAAUAUUCAUUGGUCGGUUAUUCUGCUCAUGACAGCUGCAUCACUACUCUUCUUGUUUCCAUCGGAGCACACAAUUGGAUUAUUCCACCAUAUGCAUCAUGUGUCAUGCUUGAUUUAUAUUUGGAAAACGAUUUAAGUUAUUCGGUUGAAUUAUGGUACAGAAAUGAUUCUACACAAUCGCCUCAUCGAUUACCAUUUUAUAAAUGCGGCACAUCUUGUUCUUUUGAACAAUUUCAAAAAGUUGCCUCAGAGGUUGUUCCUGGAAGUGACAAUGCUAGAUUAUGUGGUAUUUCAGAUGGGUACUGUGGUAAUUUUUUUCUUAUAGGGCUGGCUAUUCUUGUUACAAAUAUUCUGCUAUUUGUUUCAGUGUACUACUGUAUUUUUAAAAGAAACCCGUAUUCUCGUCUUCCUCAACAUGAAAGUGAUACUCUUAAUUUGAAAUCGAUGUAGAAGAACAUUACUUUCGUCAUGUAUAUCAACCUAUGUCAGUAGUUUAUUUUAAAAGUAGAUAGAAUAGAAAGGUAGCAUUUUAGAGAAUAGGCUAUGGUAUUUAUCUUCGGUGAACAUAUUUAUUUUUGGUGGGUGAAGACUUACAUUGGCUGAGUAAUUUGUUACUGAUUAUCGGGUAGUUCACAUGUGUUUCAUUGCAUAAAUAUUAUAGUGGAAGAAGUGGGAUCCAGUGGAUGAUUUCAUGAAAGGCCCAGCGUUAACUAAAUUUUUUUGUUUAUAUAUGAUCAUCAUCUUAUGAGAUUUAAACGCGCAACUCACUCUUUUUUUAUGAGAUUUGAACCCGCAACUCACUCCCUUGCGAGUGCAAGUUUGUACCCGUAGUUGAUACAGCAAUUGCUCAAAGAUUCGUAGUCCAUAUAUUUCUAUAGGGCUCGCUUUUAUUUCUGUCUCGUUAUAUUUGAAAAUCACACAAUGCAUAUUUUGAAAUAUAGCAUGUUCAUAAUACCUCACACUAUUGAAUAUAGUACUUAUUUUUAAAUCAGUGCAGAAAUUUUCAUAUCCAUCAUAUAUUUUUCUUUCUAUAAGUCAAGAUUGAAACGUGGCAUUGUUUACAUGAUAUCACUUUUCUUUCUAUAUGCUAUUCAUAGUUAAUAUUUUAAGCUAGUGAUUUUAUUUGAAAUGUUUUAUGUGCAAGUGCAAUUAUUAUUACGGUAUUUAUCAUCAUUGUCCAUAGGAGUAUAUAGAUUUUAUCAUUUUAAUAAAAAGUUGUUAUCUGCUGCUAAGAGGUCACAUUACUAGCCUUAUCACUUCUGAUUUACUGUAAAAUGAAAUUGUAUGUCAAAUUAUUUAAAAAGAUGUACACAUAAUGUGUUUGACUUAGUAUGUGCUAUACAUUUCAUAUGCCCUAUAUUUGACCAUACUACCUGAUCUGAACCUUUCUUGCCAAACACAAACCAACUAUUUAUUAGUACCGUACUUUUAUUUCA